AUGGAUGAUGGGUGCAACUUGGGAUGAAGAUUAUUUUAUAUGGCCAUGUGGAGAUAUGAGGAGAAUGCAACUAGCUUUGUAUCUAGUUAAACAACCUGCAAAUUAUAUAAGGCAUGUGGUCAUCAAGGAAGCAAAUAGGAAUGCACAGAGGUUUGAACUCGAGACUCGUACGUACAAGGAAGAAAACCGAAAGAGGCUGAACAAGAACUAGAGCUAUAUGGAGAUUGUGCUUCCAUGAUUUCGUAAUUUAAGCUUGCUUUUUUGAUUCAAGGACUUGUUCGUUAUAUGUUUCACUACAUUUCAUCAGAUUAACGGUUGCAUUUCUGUUGGGUAUUUUGGGUGAACAAAUUUCAGUUUACAUUAUCAUGAG